AUGGGAUUCUUGAUAUUUCUCUUGACUACUCCUGAACCAAAGUCUAUUCAAUCGUUGGAGGAGUCAUUGCUUGCAGCAAAGGCAAUCACACCAAGACCUUCGAAUAUAUUGGUACAUCCAGCAUUGCCACCUGGAAACUACUUGCUCUACGGCUGCUUCAAACAUACUGUGUUCAACUUUGGCAAGCUGCCCUACACCGUGACGCCAGUGACAGAGGAGGACUUUGACGCGAUCAUCUUAAAGUCAUCAUUGGAGAGCAUCAACAGCAGAGCUGUGUACCCUCCCAUCGCCGGCGACGAGUACUUCUUCUUUGGCAACAGUCCCUUUGCUCUGGAGAAGCGAUCACUCAAGGGCAUCACAUCCUACGCCAAGCUGGUGACGGUGGGACGCGAGGAGCUGUUGUAUCGCGUGCGUCAGGACCAGCCCCUGUUCCUAGCAUCAAACGAUAUCAAUGAGGCCCAGGGUGGCUUCAAGUUUAACAGGAAUGCUUUGGUGCUGGUCGACAGAAGCAAGCCAAUACGCGACGGCUCUGGCAAGCUGCUCAUUCGGCCGGGGGAGGUGUUCACCGUCAUGGCACAUCCCGACGUGCUGCCUGAGGAGGAUGACUACGCCUGGCCGCCAGACCCAGAGAUGCACGAAGAUGAGACAAGGAAAUUGGUACAAAAGUUUGGUCAUGGCAUCCUACACGACGACUUUGAUGAGAUCGACUACAUCAUCUCCUACUUUGAUCUCUACGAGCCUGAUGAGGACCACUAUGACGACAAUGUCAGAGCGAUGAUGAAGCAUUUCGGUGGCCAAUAUCCAUUCAACUUUCAACGAGAUGAGGAGUUUAAUAUGGAUCGUUGUUGGCGUGUUGGGAUCAUUGACCCGGCAGAGUUUGGCGUUGGAACAAUCAUGUCGAUAUACAAGUACACGCAAAGGAAUAAGGGAUACGCAAGAGAGUUCUGGUAUAUGAUGGAUAGGUCAUUGCUAUUCAUUGAGUUGUCAGGCUCGACGUACUAUCAUGUGGUCAAGUGGUUGUGCUUUGAUGAUAGUCGAGGCGAUGACAACCGUGUACAGUUCGUCAGGAACGUCCUGCAGACAUACCCCGACAUCAUGAAGAUCGCACAGCCAUUCAGCUACCCAAUAUCAGGCAUGUCCACUGUCUUUUCGAGCACCAACAUGUAUCCAGCAAACUUCAACGACUUUAGACUGACGCUGCCACACUUUGCCGCCGCCAAUGACAACGACGAGAUGUUCAAGGUGCUGUACAAGCCCAAUGUAGAGACAGACGCAGUCUUCCCAACCACAUGCGAUGUCAUACUGCAGUUGUCAAGGCGCGCCUUGUGCUUUGACGCUCUGCUUGAGUUGGACGAGAACUACUUGGUCAGGAACCCAUCGGUCCACCCGCUUUGGUCGUUGGCUCACAAUCGCAGGCACACUGAUCUUGUGCCAUUCAAGCAUCGCAAGUACCCUGGCUUCAAAAUCGGCAUCCCGCACUUGCCCGACCUCGAGGACUCUUGUGCCGUGCACGGCAAGAUGGACCUGCUCAGGUACCUCACCACCAACAACAUUCCUGUACAGGAGAGGACACCGCACUCGCCCGAGUACCCUGACAUCUGCUCGCCGCUCGGCCUGCUCAUUGACAAGGGAAUCAACGACCAAGGCACACUGAUUGAGUUCCGUGCGCGCGGACUCUACACCGCCACCGCCAAGAUACACGUCUGCGACUCAAUCCUCAUUCGAUGCAUCAACAAGAACAGCGCGCCAAUACUGAAGGAGGUGCUCAACAUGCGGUUCGCCAACUCCUCGUGGCCGCUCUACCUCCACGACACCAAGAUACCAUUCGUCUCAUUUGCCCUGUGGUGCCCCAACAUCGACCUGCUGCUGAGCCAGCCCAAUAUGCCCACGCUCGACAAGCUCGUCUUCAACUUCCAACAAUGGCUAUCGUACGCCAACAAACUGUUUGACAAGAGGUUCAGCGCGGCAUACUUCCCCUUCCUGGCCACGAUCCAACAGGCCAACCUUCUGGACAUCUUCAUGAUCUUUGGUAAGCUCGAUCAAAUCAUGCAGAUGCUCACCAAGUACAGCAUCUAUGCGACCGAUCAGACAAGGAUGCUCAUACGUGAGCGCAGUGAAGACGAGAGGAAGAAGAUCACCAAGCUACUCUCAGACCUUUCAUUACUGUUGGGCAAGGACAAGCCAUCUGGUGGUGGUACAGCUGCAAGCGGCGGAAAGUCAAAGAAUUCAAAGAAGAGGGCUGCCAAGAAGAAGAAGGCACAGCUGCUGCAACAACAAGACAGUGCUAGCAAGAUACCAGUUUCUGCGACCGAGCAAGAUGCUGAUAUGUCGGAUGGAGAUGACGUUGUCGAUGGAAAUGAUGAAGGCGUUGUCGAAGCUGUUGUCCCCGUGGAGGACAAUGCUCAGAUCCUCAACAACAACACAGUUGAUGUACAGAAGGAAAUGGCGAGCCUCAAUGUGGAUACCAACACGGCUGAACCGAUAUCAGCCGAGCCGACUCAGCUACAAAGCACACACCAGCAGGACACACCACCUACCACAACACCAACGACGACGACAACAACAACCACCACAACAGCGACACCAACAUCGACUACUACCACAGCCGCAACAACACCAACACCAACACCAUCACCAACACCGACACAAUCAAAGCUAGCUCCUCAGAGUAAGAAUCAAAAGAAGAAACAGCCGGCACAACAACAGAAGGCCAGUCCCAAGCCAGCACCACAACAAGUACCCGUGAUUCCCUCGACCCCAAUAACAGCAGUUGCCCCAACACCAACGCCACCAACAACACCAACAACACCAGUUGUAGAACCAACUCCAGCACCAGCGAAGCCAACCCCUGUCGCUGUUGAGCAAGAUGUAUAUGAUCGAACAGUAGGCAAGUUCAAGUUUAGCAAGAAGUUGAUCAUUGGACGAGGAAGCAAUGGCACUCUGGUGUACAAGGGUGUGUGGUGUGACAAGGUGCCUGUGGCUAUCAAGGAGAUGCGCAAAGGAUUCAACACACUCAUCGAAAAGGAGGUGGACAUCCUCAUCCAGCUGACCGCCAUGUCAAACUCUGACAACUUGGUGAGAUUCUUUGGCAAGGAAGAGACCGAGGACUACAUCUACUUGGCGACAUCACUGUGUGAGAUGUCACUUCAAGAGUUGGUGGAGGCUCACAAGACACGAUUCCAAUCGUUGACCAAGCGCUCACUGAUCAACGACAUUGUGUCUGGCGUCCAAUUCCUCCACAGUAACAGGAUCAUCCACAACGACCUCAAUCCUCGCAACAUCCUGUUCAAAGACAAUCACCUGUUCAUCACUGACAUGGGACUGAGUAGAAUGUCCGUGGAGACGUCAUUCGCAUUCACUCACAUGCCAAGUGGUCAAGGUGGUUACUUCCCCGCUGAGGUCAUCACCGACCAGCGCAAGACCAACUCUGUCGACAUCUUCUCACUCGGAUGUCUGAUCCACUUCAUACUCACAGAGGGUGGACAUCCAUUCGGUGACAACAUCCAUCGACGUGUAUCAAAGAUCAUUGACAACCAAUUCGACCUUCACCAACUCAUGGAUGACUACGCAACAGACUUGAUCACACAGAUGAUUGCACAUGAUUCCACAAUGCGUCCAUCAAUCGAAUCAGUUGUCCAUCAUCCAUUCUUUUGGGACAUCAACAAGAAGAUCAUGUUCAUCAUCCGAGUGUUCCAGACCAUCCAGAACCAACCACACUCCUACCUAAGCAACGACACCACCAAGAUAGUAGUUGAGCAUUGGAACAAGACAGUUGAUUCCAGGCUGCUAGAUCAACUUGAGUCACAAUAUAACUAUAAUAGCACUAAGGACUUGAUUCGAUGCAUCAGGAACACGACACAACACCAUCAUCAACUGUUCAAGGAUGCUCAGAAGAAGACAUUAUUCUUUGAUUCACAACAAUCAGCAUUCCAAUACUUUGAACAACGACAUCCAACACUGAUCGUCCAACUCUAUCGCAGGUUCAUCAACACUGAUGAUGCCCAAUCAGACAAUCUCAAGGACUACUUUGUUGUGUCCACCUCGUCCUAA